AUGGCCGCCUUUCGCCCCGUGAGCACGGCGGCAGCCGCCCGUCUUCUGAGAAGCAGUGCUGCCGUUCCGAAUGUCCGACGGCCAUUGAUUGCGGCCGCCCCGGCGAUGCGGCGGUUCGAAAGCUCGCUGACUUCGGCCCCUGAGUCGCCGACUGUCUCUGACCCUUCAACAUUGGCUACCUCCAAGAACCAGCCGGACUACGCCGCCCACUCUGACCGGGCGACUUCAAAGUUCACUCCUGUCCCAAAGCGCCUUUUGGACGGCAGCGAGGACACCGACGUGCUUCCGGCCGCCGUACUUUCCGGAGCUCCUAUGGAACUGGAGGCUCGCCAAGUCAGAAUCUACAAGCCCGCUAAGCCCGCAACGCAAUCCGGUACCUGGGGCGGGUCUCACUGGAGGAUGGACUGGGAUGUCCUGAGCAAGGGCCACCGGUGGGAGAACCCGCUGAUGGGAUGGCAAUCCUCUGCAGACUUCAUGCAGGGUACGCACAUCAACUUCAAGAGCAAGGAGGACGCCAUUGCUUUCGCCGAGAAGCAGGGCUAUGAAUACUUUGUUCAGGAACCGAAGGAGCGCAGUUUCCGGCCCAAGCAAUAUGCCAGCCAGUUCAUGUACUCCGACAAGAAGUUGAAGCAGGUGCGGACAAAGUAA